ACAAGUCACAUUUUAAAACCUAAAGCUUCUUCAUUUCUUCAAGUGACUUCAACUGCUUUGUUCAAAAAAAUCUUCGAUAUGUCAAUGGACCUCGACCCAGAUGAAGUCUUUCGUGACGAUGAAGAUGACCCUGAAAAUGAAUUCUUCAAGGAAAGAGAUGCUAUUAAGGAAUUAUUGGUGUAUCUUGUGGAUGCUUCACCUAAAAUGUUUUCCACUACUUGCCCAACGGAUGAUGAAAAGACUGCAACUCAUUUUCAAGUUGCCAUCAAUUCCAUUGCACAAUCUCUCAGAACUCAGAUUAUUAAUAGGUCUUAUGAUGAAGUUUCUAUAUGCUUCUUUAACACUCGGGAAAAAAAGAACUUGCAGGACCUAAGUGGCGUUUAUGUAUUUAAUGUUCCAGAAAGAGAGGAUCUGGACAGACCAACAGCUAGGCUAAUUAAAGAAUUUGAUCAAAUAGAAGAAAGAUUUGAAAAAGAAAUAGGAAGUAAGUAUGGAAUUGUGCCUGGCUCUCGUGAGAAUUCUCUUUACAAUGCUCUUUGGGUUGCACAAGCCCUUCUCCGUAAAGGAUCUGCAAAAACUGCUGAUAAACGCAUUCUCUUGCUUACAAAUGAAGAUGAUCCUUUUGGUAAUCUCAAAGGUGUCAUAAAAGUGGAUAUGAUGAGGACAACGAUGCAGCGUGCCAAAGAUGCUCAAGAUCUUGGUAUUACAAUUGAGCUUCUUCCACUAAGCCGGCCAGAUGAUGAGUUCAACGUUUCCCUUUUUUAUGCUGAUUUACUUGGUCUGGAGGGUGAUGACCUUGCUCAGUUCAAAGCUCUGAUAGGAGAGAGGUUUGAAGAUCUGAACGACCAGCUAAGGAAACGAAUGUUUAAGAAGCGCAGAGUUCGAAGACUUAGAUUUGCGAUUUUUAAUGGAUUAUCUAUCGAACUUAACACCUAUGCUUUGAUCCGUCCAACUAAUCCAGGGACAAUUACUUGGCUUGAUUCGAUGACUAAUCUUCCUUUGAAGACUGAGAGAUCCUUCAUAUGUGCUGAUACUGCUGCUAUAAUUCAGGAGCCUCCAAAACGCUUUCAGUCUUACAAAAAUGAGAAUGUCAUGUUUUCUGUGGAUGAGCUUUCAGAAGUCAAAAGAGUUUCAACUGGACAUCUUCGUCUGCUGGGCUUCAAGCCAUUGAGCUGCUUAAAGGACUAUCAUAACCUGAAGCCAGCAACUUUUGUCUUUCCCAGUGAUGAGGAAGUGGUUGGAAGCACUUGUCUUUUCGUUGCUCUCCACAGAUCAAUGUUGCGGCUUAAGCGUUUUGCAGUUGCUUUCUAUGGGAAUUCAAGUCAUCCUCAAUUGGUUGCUCUUGUUGCACAAGUAAGACAUUGUGUUUCCCCUCCAAAUCCUUUCGGAUUAUAUGUAGACUAAAUCUGCCUAUUUAUG